AUGGACUAUAGAUCCAUUAAGAAUAGCAUUCCACUUCCCCUAGCUGAAGAAUCCAUGAGCCAAGGUGCAGGAGAUGGAAGGCUGUUGAAUGGGGCGGAUAAGCCUAGAAAUGGAAGUCCUGACUCUUUUUGUGACCUACAGGAAAAACCUACAUUACCCUUGUUUGGAAUGGACAUAGGAGGCACUCUGACCAAAUUUGUUUACUUUGAACCUGAAAAUUUUGAUGAAUUUGAUGUGGAAGAAAGAAGAAUACUUCAGAUAAUUCACAGAUACCUUUUGGGGGACACAGCUUACGGGAAGACUGGCAUCAGAGAUGUGCAUCUUGAGAUGGGAGAUCAAAAGAUUUGUGGCCGUACUGGAAAGAUUCACUUUAUACGAUUUCCAACAAGUCAGAUGUCAGCAUUUAUUGACCUAGUGAAAACGAAAAAGUUUUCCGGACUUGCUAGUGGUAUCUGUGCAACUGGAGGCGGGGCUUAUAAAUUUGCUGGUGUUUUUGAAAAGGAAAUUCAGCUGCAGCUGCACAAAUAUGAUGAACUUGAGUGCCUUCUCAAAGGUAUACACUAUAGUGACCGCUACAACCACCGAUCUGAGUGUUACUAUUUCAGCAACCCCCUGGACUCGGAAAACUGUGAGAAAAAACCCUUCGACUUUAGAAACCCUUACCCUUAUCUGGUUGUGAACAUUGGAUCAGGGGUGAGCAUCCUGUCAGUUCGCUCUAAAACAGACUACACAAGAGUUAGUGGCACCAGUUUAGGUGGUGGGACAUUCCUAGGAUUGUGCUGUCUGCUUACUGGGUGUGACACCUUUGAGGAAGCCAUACAACUAGCAUCUAGUGGAGACAGUAAACAUAUUGACAAGUUGGUAAAAGAUAUCUACGGAGGUGACUACAGCAAGUUUGGCCUCACUGGAGACACUGUAGCAUGCAGCUUUGGCCACAUGAUGAGCAAAGAAAGAAGAGAGUUGGCCUCUAAAGAAGACCUGGCAAGGGCAACGUUAGUCACAAUUACCAACAAUAUAGGCUCUAUUGCACGCAUGUGUGCAAAGACAGAGAAAAUUGAACAUGUGGUGUUUGUGGGCAACUUUCUCAGAGAAAACCAAAUUUCAAUGAAAUUACUAGCAUAUGCAAUGGAUUACUGGUCUAAUGGCUGUCUAAAAGCUCUCUUUUUGGAACAUGAGGGAUAUUUUGGUGCUUUGGGAUGUCUUUUAGAAUACCUUCACCUCAACCAUCAGGGAUAG